AUGACGAAUCCCCCCAGUCGUGCUCCUGCGUUAUACAAUAGCAUCGAAUUUUCGCUGGAGCGAUUGACACCAAGAACAAGAGAGCUAAACCUUGUUUCUGGGACUGGAAGAGGAACAAGAGGAUCAAAGCCACCGGGACGGUCGCUCUGUAUAUUGGCUAGAGCUAUGGCUGCUGCUACUCUGGCGCACAUCGUCGCAGUGCCCAUUCUGCUCCAGGGCCACAUCGCGCCCAUGCUCCACCUCGCCCACGCCAUCGCUCGCACCGGCAGGGCGAUCGUGUCGUUCAUCACCACGGAAUCUCACGCGCGGGCGCUCGCCGGAUCCAAGCACUCGUGGUACUGGCAGGGGAUUGACGAGUCGCGGCUGCGAUUCCUGGGAUUACCCGACUCGAGCGCUCGCAGUGGGCAGGGCGAGUGGAUCGACGAGCAGGGACGCUGGCGGGGCGGCAUGGACGCAUUCGCUGGCGCGAUAACGGGGCAUAUGGCAAUGGAGGCGGCCCUGGCGGCGACGAUCGAGGGCUUGGAAUCAGUCGAUUGCUUCAUCUCGGAUUCUCUCUCCCCGGUGCUCGAUCCAAUCGCUUCCAAGCUCGGGAUUCCUUUGGCGGCGCUCUGGACUGGGUCAGCAUCACUGUUCGCCUUGUAUCUCGACAUCCACGACAAUGGGUAUAUUCCAGUGCAAGGCGGGAAAUCGAGCGAGCGGGUGAUAAGAGGAGUUCCAGGAAUUGGGGAGCUGCAAGUCACUGAUCUUCCAACUACUCUCUACACGGAUCAAAUCGAUCCGGGAUACCAGAGAGCCUACAUCGGGAUGGCCAGGCUCAGGGAGGUCCAAUUCGCAGUAGUGAAUGCUUGCGAGGGGCUAGAGGGCGAGGUGUUGGCGGAGAUCAGGAAGAGUCACCCAAAUCUCCUUCCAGUCGGGCCUCUCGUCAAGAUCCCUGGCGACGCUGAUGACAAUCACGGCCCCUUGAACAGCUCGAAUGUAGGGCUGUGGGACGAGAAUCACGACUGCAUUACCUGGCUGGAUUCCAGAGCACAGCGCUCGGUCAUCUACAUCUCAUUCGGGAGCAUGAGCGACUUUCGAUUCGAGGAGAUCGAGAGCAUCGGGCAGGGGAUUGCAGCCACCGGGCGAUCGUUCCUGUGGGUUCUUCGCGAGGAGCUCGUGAGGGACAUGCCGGAGGAUUUCGUCAAGAUGUUUGCGAGAAGGACGAAGGAACAGGGGAUGGUCAUCCCGUGGUCACCGCAAUCCCAGGUUCUAAACCACAAGGCCGUGGGAGGAUUCUUCACCCAUUGCGGCUGGAGUUCGUGCAUGGAAGCCAUCCUCGCUGGAGUUCCCAUGCUUGCGCUGCCCCGGUUUGUGGAUCAAACGUUCAAUGCCAAGGUGGUUUGCGACGAUUGGGAGGUGGGACUGCGGAUGAUCCCAAAGGGCGAUGUUGAUGGAGUCGUGAGUAGGGAGCGCGUGGAAGUGGGGAUCAAUGCGCUGGUGGAGAAAGGUGGCGAGCUGAGGAGCCGCGCGAUGGAGUUGCGCAAGAAGGUCGGAGCUGGAUCACGCGAAUCUAUCGAGGGGUUCAUCGACUCGAUUCUGGAAAGGAGGAAGGACUGACA